AUGUGCGGGGAUUACAGGAGCCUGAACAAGGUCACUGUGGCCGAUCGGUACCCCAUGCAAUCUGCCGAAGAGAUCUUCGAUAAGCUGCAGGGAGCGAAAGUAUUCUCCACCCUCGAUUUGCGGCAGGGGUUCAACCAGAUCCCCAUCCGGCCCGCAGACCGGAAGAAAACAGCGUUCCAUGGACCAGACUGCCUGUACGAAUGGUGCUUCAUGCCAUUCGGGUUGAAGAAUGCGCCCGCGCUAUUCCAGCGCGCCAUGGAUACGAUACUACGCGGGGUACCAGCCGCCGCGUGCUACAUUGAUGACGUAGUGGUUUUCAGCCCAGACGCGGAGCAGCACGUGAAGGACGUGAAGGCCACGCUAGAUGCCAUUCGGGCAGCCGGUCUCACAUGUCAUCCGAAGAAGUGCAGUUUUGGGAACACAGGAGUGAAAUACCUGGGGUUUGAGGUGCAAGGAGGGCAGCUGGGGAUACAGCAAGCGAAGGUGGAGGUCUUAUAUUGGGUCCCUCGGCCGAAAGACAGGAGCACGUUGAGAGCCGUCCUCGGGUUUCUCAACUACUACCGCAGAUUCUUUCCGAACUUCAGCAAGACAGCCGCCGCCCUCAACCGGCUGCUAAGGGAAGAUCAGAAAUGGGAAUGGGGGGAGGCGGAGCAGGGGGCACUGCACGCGCUGCUGAAAGCCGUGAAAACGGCUUCCGUGCUAACCCUGCCCAACAAGGAGGACCCGUUUGUGUUGUACACCGACUGGAGUAGUGCGGGUAUGGGAGCAAUUCUGUGCCAGAAGAGAGAGGGUGAGGAGAAGGUUGUAGCUUCUGCCAGCCGAAGCUGCAAUCCAGCGGAAGCUAACUAUAGCUCGUAUGAGGGAGAAGGGCUGGCGGCGGUGUGGGCGAUCACGCACUUCCGAGUGUAUCUGCAAAGGAGGCAGUUCGAGCUGGUCACAGAUCAUCAACCCUUGACCUGGCUAAUGACUAAUCAGGCAUUGACGGGGAGGAACGCCCGCUGGGCCAUGCGCCUGCAGGAGUACGACUUCUCUAUCCGGCACAGGGCAGGCAAGACUAUGCAGCACAUGCAAAGGGAGCCACCCGGGGCAUAG